AUGCCAGACUGUAAAAUUGUUGCUCGCUGUCUGUUUGACUACGAGGCUCGUACUGACGAAGAGCUGACUAUUCGUGAAGGCGACUUACUGUUUAUUACGGAUGAUACCGACCAGGAAUGGUGGAUGGCUACUGAGAAGCCAGUCGAUGCAUUUCAAGAAGCUCAUUCGGGUCUUGUUCCUAUGAGUUAUGUCGAAGAGGCUCAGCCCAUAUCCUUGGCAACUGCAUUGUAUGACUACAAUCCUGCCACCAACGAGGAAAUUGCCUUGAGGGAAGGCCAGCAUCUUCGAGUAUAUGAAAAGGUGGACGCAGAUUGGUGGUUUGUCAAGCAGGACAACCAUGUCGGUCUGGCUCCCGCCACUUACAUCGAAGAGCAAGUCCCAACUGUACAAUCAUCCGCAUCUGCUACUAUCAUCAGUCCUCCCAGUCAAGAUGCUGCAUCAAGUCUGCUGGCCCCAGAAAAACAAAAACAUUUGCUGCUAAAUGCUCUGGGUGGUCUUGGCUUCUCAAAACCUAAAUCUGAUCCUAAAAGCGUUGGUCAAAUCUAUGGUCCAGACGAAUUGGUGUAUUUCCCAGUCACGGAACUUGACAAGAAAAAAAAGAAAAAUAGCAAAAAAGGCUUUAUUGCAUUUUCAGAAAAGGAACUGCUUAUAUAUUUUGUGGACAAUCCAACCCGAGAAAUUGUCUCAAAAACUCCCGUUAGUGAGCUUACAAGAUACAAGGACAAAAAAACAAAACUUGUUUUUGAAUUUGAAGACAAGGAGGCACGAGAGUAUGAAGGUGAAAAGUCGGAGAUUUCCAAAGCAGUGGCCAGUCUGGAGCAUGUUCUUCAGAUUAGCAAGAGUGGUGCCCAAAAUUCAUCUCCUCCAGCUACACACGUAGCAUUCGCUGCAAUCCAGCCAGUUCCUAUCCAGAUUGAAUCUGUAAUGGCUCCGCCUCCUUUAGCCGCUCCGUCUUCGGCAUCUCGAAAUGUAAUGCCAACAAUGUUAUCCAAACGAGUAGUUGCAAUCUAUGACUACGAUCCUGUAGAAGAAGGCGAGCUGGCGAUUCGCGAAAACGACAUACUUGUGGUGGUUGAUGAUUCUGAUCCGGAUUGGUGGCUUGUGAAGCACACCACUCAUAACAAAGAAGGAUUGGUUCCCAAAACCUAUGUCGAAGAGGAAACUGAAAAUUCUAGAGCAGCCAGUAACGAGUCUGUAGCACUAUAUCAAGCUAGAGAACAUGAACGACAACAAAUUCAAGAACAUGAAGCACGCGAAAUGGAAAUACGUCAUCGUGCACAUGAAUUAGAGGAGCAACGUAGAAUGCAGCAAAUAGCAGAGGAGCAACGCCGUCAUGAACAGGAACAGCUUGAGCAUCAGCGCCAAAUGGAACAACUUGAGCAUCAACGUCAGAUGGAACAGCAGCAACAACAAGCCAUGGCUAUUUCUUCUAGAUCAAAAAUUGACACUCCAGUUGCUCCCAUUAUACCAACCCGACCAACUGUUCAAAAACAACCAGAAGUUCCUAAACUGCCUACACGUCCACUUCAAGCCAAUACUUUGGCACAAAUCCCACAAAUUCCUGCUCGUCCUACAGUUCCUACAGGAGCAGUUGUAAAAUCAGUACAGGUACCAGUUGCAGCACCUACAAUACCAGAUCGUCCCAAAGCGCCUGCAUCUCGUCCUGUUGCUGCAGGCACAACUUCUACUUCAACAACUACCGCACCACCAAAAGAAAAACCAGCUCCUAACUUACUGCGUAAAUGGACUGAUCGUACUGGCUCAUUUGAAAUGGAUGCACAAUAUCUUGGCAUCAAGGAUGGUCGAGUUCAACUACACAAAUCAAAUGGUGUCAAGAUUGCUGUUCCUAUAGAAAAGCUAUGCCAAUCUGAUUUGAAUUAUUUGAAAUCGCUUCCUGGAAAUGAAAAACUGAUUACAGUAAAUACUCCCGCGCCAGCUCUAGCACCGCCCAAGGCCAAGACUGGCACGUCAUCCAAUAAUACGCUAUCCAAAAAAGAGACUUCCAAAGAAUAUAUGCAUGGUGAUUUCAAUUGGCUUGAAUGGCUAAUUCAUGCUGGUCUUGCAUCCAACGAUGCAGCUGCAAUCGCUCGUCAGUUUGCCGAGCAACGUCUAGAUGUGUCAAUGAUCAAUGACAUUAGCCGUGAAGCUUUAAGGCAAAUGCUUAUUACUGAGGGUGACAUUAUUCGAAUUCGAAAGGCAGCCAAUCUACAAGGUGUGUCAUCGGUCGCACAACAGACUAUUACUGCAAGAGAGAAAGAAGCCCAGUCUCGGAACUUGCAAAUGCUGGACUCUAGACUUGCAAUGAAAAUGCAAAACACGUCCACUCCAUCAAAUGCCUUGUCCGACCAACUCAAAUCUGACGAAGUGCUUGCUCGUGAAUUACAAAAUAUGGAAGUUCGCAAUGCUCGUGGAGGAACGGUUAGAAAAUCGUCUGUAGGUGCAAAUGCUGGUUCUGUAAAUGCUGCAACUAUUUAUCAAGCCGGUAAUUUACUCAAGGCCGCCACUAUUGUUCACCGACAAACCGAUAAUGCGGCCCUGUCUGCACCAACAACCAAUUUUUCUGUGCCGCCAGCCACUCAAAGUGUGAGCUCUAAUGCAUCACUUGGACUUAAAGCUUCAGGAAAUCUGUUGUCCAACAAUGCAUCCUCUAACGAUCCAUGGAACGGAGCUACAAAUUCAAUUGUAAAUUCUGCCGCUCAAAACACUCUUCUCAAAGUGCAACAGCAGCAAGAAGAAGCAAAACAAAAACUUGCAAAUGCAGAGCUUGCCAUUCGCAAAGCGCAAGAGUCUAAUCGUCAGGCAACUCUUCUUGAGCAGCAAAACAAGGCUGCCCAGAUGCAGACAGCACAGGCUGAAGCUUCGCUUUUGAAGGCACAAGAAACAGAGCGACAGGCAAUGAUUUUGCAGCAGCAGGCACAUAUGAAUCUAUUGAACGCACAACGAUCGGCUUUUCAAAAUCCAAUGACGAAUAUCACCAUGACUCCACGCACACUUGCUGCUCCACUUAUUCCAACCAACACUCAAUCUGUCGGUCGAUUUAUUCCAACUGGACCUACUACUGGCAACGCGUUUGGUAAUCAGACAAAUCCUCUUCAAACUCAAUUUUCUGGUGCUCAAGGCACAAUGAAUCCUUUACAACCCCAGCAUUCAGGCAAUUUUGGCAUGGCGAAUUCAAUUCAAAUGCAGCAUUCUGGAAGUUCGAGUUUGAUGAAUCCGCUUCAGACACAAUAUUCGGGCAGCUCUGGAAUAACGAAUCCAUUACAGAUGCAACAUUCGGGCGGUUUACAAACCAUGGUCACUUCUGAUGGUGUGGUCAAGCCUAACUGGAUGAACACCACUCCACAGAUGCCAUUUGGACCUCCUCCAUCUGGUCCUGCUCUUGCAUCUGGUACAGAUAAAUACUCUGCCUUUAAAGAUGCCAACACAACCACGCAAUCCGUGUUUGGUCAAACCAAUCAGCAAAACAUGAUGUCGCUAAACAGUGGGACUGGGUCAGGAGUGUUUGGGGCGGCAUCGGCUUAUCAAACUCAUGCAGGAUCAACUCCAAAUUUUAAUAUGCAACAAGCCAAUCCUGUUUUCUUUCCUGGAUUUCAAUCUGCUCAAUCAUCUUCAGUUGGGACAAAUGGUAUGCAACAAGGAUUUGGUGUAACCAAUUCAGAAAUGGGAACUGGGUUGGGCAUGAACCCAAACUUGCCAAUGGGUAUGAGAUCGAUGCCAACACAAAACCGUGCAUUUGGACAGCAAGAUGGAUCACUGAAUGGAAUGAAUCCCGGCUUUAGGUCUGGUGUUGGUGGUGCGAUGACUCUGAACAUGGGAGUACCAUUUGGUAAUGCAGGCAUGACGAAUUCCCAGAUGGGCAUGCCUGGAUCUUUAGGAGGUAUGAAUCUCACACCCCAACAACAGCAACUUUUUCUUCAACAACAACAACAAUUUGCAAUGGGAAAUCCUAGGCUUGGAUAACUAUUGAAAACCUUGUUUUCUAAUACAUUUGAUAAUCAAACACAACUCUAAAUAACUAUAAUGAUUUGGUGCACUUUGUGCAAGCAGUUGAUUGAAAAUCAAGUAGUAGUUUAUCUACAUUUCUAAUGAUUGGAUGUAUUCCAUGUUAUUGAUCACCAUUUAAAUACAAUUUUUUAAAGC